AUGUCUGACAACACCCUUCCGAAGCAUGCCAGAGUCGUCGUCGUUGGCGCGGGCAUCGUAGGUUGCAGCGUUGCCUAUCACCUCACCAAGCUCGGCUGGCGUGAUCUUGUCGUGGUCGAGCAGGGGCCGCUGUUCGAGACGGGCGGCUCGACCUCCCACGCGCCGGGCCUUGUUUUCCAGGUUAACCCUUCCAAGACUAUGGCGGGCUUCGCCAAGUACACGGUUGACCUGUGGAGCGGGAUGCAGCUCGACGGUGAGCCGUGCGCGAAGAAUGUUGGCAGCCUCGAAGUGGCGUGGACGCCGGAACGCCUCGCCGAUCUGAAGCGCAAGGCAGGCUACGGGAUGAGCUGGGGCAUUGAGGGGCAUGUAAUCAGCCCUAGCGAGGCGCGCGAGUUCAUUCCGAUGCUGUCGGAGUGCAUUCUUGGUGCGCUGUAUGUGCCGUCCGACAUCCAGACGAAGGCAACGCGGCCCGCAGAGGCGAUGGCGCAAGAAGCAGAGCGCAACGGCGCAAGUUUCUACGGCGGCGUGAAGGUUACGGGCUUCGGGAUCGAUGGUGGGCGGAUUACCGCGGUGCAGACCUCGCACGGGGACAUCAGGACCGAACUCGUCAUUGCAUGCGCGGGCAUCUGGGCGCCGAAGAUUGGCGGGUAUGCGGGGUGCCCAUUCCGCUAUCGCCUAUGGAGCACCUUUAUGCCGUCACCACUGCCUUGA